AUGAUUUCUAACCUCGCCUCGUUCGUCAACAUCGGUGCAGGCGUCGGAGCAUUUCUGUCCUUCUUCCUCAACGACAAGAUUGGACGUCUUUGGUCGAUGCGCCUCUAUCAGACAAUUUAUGCUGCCGGGUCUUUGAUAUCUUGCUUUUCUUACGGAAAUCAUGGCGUCCUUUACGUCGGACGCAUCAUUGCCGGACUGGGAGUUGGUGCUUGCACGGUCGUGGGCCCAAUGUCCAUCGCUGAAAUGGCCCCAAAGAGCAUUCGAGGUCUGAUGACUUUAUGGUUCAAUGUCUGCAUGCUGGGAGGCCAGGCACUGGGCAUUUUUACAGUGUUUGGCUGCAGCACCAACAUUUCAUCGGAGCACAGCCUUCAGUACCAGAUUCCCUGGUUCGUUCAGACCUUUGUUCCCGCAAUCGCUGUCGGCUUGUCAUUCUUUUCAGUUGAGUCGCCGAGGUGGCUCGCCAUUCAGGGAAAGCAAAAGGAUGCCCUUGACGCUCUGGUGAAGCUCCGUGGUUUACCAGCUGAUCACUCAUACUUGGAGGAGGAGUAUGCCUUGAUCGAAACCCACUUGGAUGAUGAGAACCAGCAGUCAGGGGAUCAGGGCUAUUUGUCUAUUAUGAAAGAGACUUUUAUGGUACGGUCGAAUCUCCGCCGGGUGCAGUUGACUAUCGUUGCCUACAUACUUGCCCAAUUCUCCGGCGCCAACUCGGGUGCUGGUGCCAAAGUCUACUCUUCAGGCUUAUACGCCGUCGCGAAGAUGAUUUGUUGUCUUGUCGCCUCCCUUGUCUUUGUCGAUGUCCUCGGCAGACGAAAGUCUCUCAUGAUCGGCAUCACAAUUCAGGCUGCUUGUCACGCCUACCUCAGUGGCUAUCUGAAGUACUUUACCAAAGACCCAGACUCUGUGCCGAAAGGGGCAUCAGACGCUGCCAUCGGCAUCAUCUACAUCCACGCUCUUGGAUGGGCUAUGGGACUCUACACUUUACCGUACCUGUUCGGUGCGGAGCUUUGGCAUAAUCGUAUUAGAUCAUUUGGUGGUGCGCUGUCGCAAGGAUUUCACUGGUUGUUUUAUUUCGCCAUCACAAAAGCAACGCCGAGCAUCCUGAGUAGUAUGGACAUUUGGGGUGCGUUUUUAUUCUUUGUCGGAUGGUGCAUCCUUGCCUUCAUCUACACGCUCUUCUUCAUUCCUGAAACGAGUGGCUUGAGUUUGGAUGAAAUGGAUGCCAUUUUCGAGCGACCCAUGCACAAGAUGCGACAAGCAGCAUCUGGAAAGAGUGAGGAGGAGCGAAUCGGUAGGCGAGUCUCGGUUGAAAAGGAGGCAGUGGCCCAUCUUGAAAGAGACUAG